AUGCUACAUGAUUCCGUUCGGAAUUUGGUCCAAGUGUAUAUCCAGUUUUUACUUUCUGGUUGGGCUAACUUGGGCCGCUUAAUUCUGCGUAGUUUUAGCACUGCAUGGACUCUAGCUUUUAUGCAAGGUAAAAAAGAAAACAAACAGAAGCCAGAAGGAACGAUGUCGAUGUUAUCUGGAAGAAUUAGUGGGAGGUCAUUAGCAGCAGCAAUUACCGGAAAUAAGUACCAUGGAUUGCGAGCUCUCUUCUCCUCCCGGGUAGUUGGAGGUCACAUGUUGCAUGAUGACAAUGAUGAUGGAGGAAAGUCUAAAAACAAAGAAGAUCGGAGAAAUUCUCCGGGGGGUGAAGCAUACCCAGUGACAUAUCCGUAUUCAGUCGAAGGUAAUUCUGCAAAAACGGACACUUCUGAUUCUGAUCAUAAUGAUGAAGGCGAAGGCACUUCCGCGAAGAUAGACACUCCUAGUAAUAGCGCUGAAGCUGAGCCGCUUGGAGAAACAUGGGGGGAAAGCUCGGGAGGUUUUGGAGAUUGCGGAGGAGCUUGUGGAGGAGCUUGCGGUGGAGCUUGAGGUUGAGGUGAUUGCAGCAUUUUCCUAUGUUUAUUAUCAGAAUAAAAUUAUAAAGGAGUUUUCUGAUAUUAGUUUCUGCAAUAAUUUAUUUUUUGUUUUGAUUC